UUUCUUUUUUGGUAUUUGAUAAUUAAAAACACAGUUUAUAUAUACAUGUUAGAAUCUAAAGGUUUUGAUACUAGCUUUAAAAUAGAUGGAACCAAAAUGGUCAUAGUAAUCACAUGUCUUUAUGAUUUAAAAGAAUCCUUCUUUAAUUUUGUUGACACUAGAAUAUUAUAAAUGAUGGAUGCAUUGUCAAGAAAAACAGAAAGAGAUGUACAAAAAUUGUGACGCUUGCAACUCCAGGGUUCUGAUUCAAUGUCAGAUCCAAAUAGUGUUAAAAGUGUAUAUCAAGUUUAUAAUUGUAAAAUGUUUCAUCAGUAUAGACGCUUUUGGGGGAAUGAAUUACACCUUAUAUUAUACUUCUACUGAAUAUUAGAAUUUAGCAUAUAAAUGCAUGCCUAGAGCAAGAAAAGUUACUGUAUUAUAUAGAUUUCAUUCAUAUUGAGGUUAGUAAUACUUUUAACUAAAUAACUCAGGUGACUGGUAAGGUCAGUGUCUUGUUGAUAUUUUUGAUGUGUGUAUGCAUGUACGUGUAUGUGUGCGUGUGUGUGUGAAAUACAAAAAAAAAUCCAUAAAGAUUUGUUUCAGAGUUUUGAGUAGUGAUCAGUUUUAGCAAUCAUCAACAGCUAGGGUAUGAAUCUGUACACUCAUCUUUGUUAAUUUCUAAAAAGACUUAAAUUGCAUUUCAAAAGUAGUCAAGUGUUAUGUGAAGGAGAUAUGAGGAAUAUAUGUUCCUGCUAAAUGUGUGUGAUCAUACAUUUGGGGUGUCAAUGGAUGGAAAAUCAUCUGAAGAUCGAAGUUUUGAAGAAAUUGAAAUACUUUUUUGAAUAUUAAUCAAUCUUAUUUUCAUUCUAAAAUCAUGUACUCAAAGGAAUUUUCUUUCAAUUACAUAUGUAAGUGCAUUGAAUUGAAUUAUUUUUCUAUUUCUGACUUACAUUUAAAACAGUUAUGUUUGUCAUUUUGUUUCUCAAAGUAGAAAAUAUUUUCAUGUAGAUUUUUCUUCCAAGAUUAUUAUUCCUUAGGUUUCAAUUUAGAACAUUCAAGUAAAAGAAAAUAAGACUCUAAAAAAGGAGGUCUCCAUGUGAAUUGAGAGAAAGAAAUGGAAAUUAUAAAUUCUGUGGUGACAUUAAAUUUCAUUUCAUAAUUUUGCCAGCUAUAAUAAGGUAUGAUAUGAGAUUCAGGGUGGUACAUUUAUGUGCAUACAUGUACCUUGUUUCUCCAAUUGAAAAUUGAUUGCUUUAAAUCAAUUUCAACAUUAUGAAUAUCCUACAAAAGUAAAACAUAAUGAUUUAAAGUUAAAAAAAACACAUUGUUUCACUCCUGAAACCUUGACCUCACAUGGAUAUAUAUUGGUAUUUAGUGUUGGUAGGUUUUGGUUCUUUUUGGGUGGAUUUUGGAUAAUGUAGUGAAUUUCAGUUAGUUGUAGCACAGUAACAUGGAGUGAGCUUGCUUGCUUCCUGAUAUCUAGUCAAUCACUUUUUAAGACAUACAUAUUUUUCAAACUCGCAUUGCACAUAUUUGUUUACAUUUUUGGUAGGAGUGUUUUAUAUGCUCACUAUAUAUGUCAUCUUCAUAUAUAGAUGUGUAAUUGUUUGCAAAAAGAGGAGACAUCUAAAUUCCUAAUAAAAAUGAUAAUUACAUUUAAAUCAUAAUUGUGCACUUCAUGUACUUUUUACAUGCAAAAUCUUUUCAUAUAAUUAUAUGGUUUUUGUACUUUCUGUCCAUAUCUGUAAGUCUGUCUGUCACAAAGUCUUAAAUUGUGCAUUAAAAUGCUUCUCCUCCUGUAUGGAUUAUCUGAUAAACUUGAAACUUUGUACAAUGCUUCAUUGCCAUUCGCAGAUGUGCACAUUGUUGGGAGAGGAUUUAUUGUUAUCCUAAAAGUUAUAGUGGUUCGAUCCAAGAGGGAUGCGGGUGUAAAAUAGCUUGUGACCAUUUCUCCGAGUUGCAAACAUAUUGGAGAGUCUUGAAUUUUUUUUUUUACAAUACUUCAUUAUCAUUAAAUGAUGUCUAGAUUUCUCUGACCCAGGUAUCUAAUAUUUUCCUAAAAUCUACAGUGGAUCAAAAACAAGUAUUUUAAGUGUUGUUUUUUUUUUACCCUUUAUUGAAUAAUCUUUGUAAAAUUGCAUGUGCAAAAGUAAAGAUGCAUUGAAAAUUCAAUUACAAAAUUAAACAUUUCACUGGUUUGUUAAGGUACUCACUACACUAAAGCUUUAUGACACUAUGUUACAAGAUGACGAUUUAAAUGUUUUGGGAAAGUAUUUGUAUUGAUCGAUUUAUUCGUCUAUAACACCAUAGCUAAGUGGUUAAUUAAUAAAGCAUUGGGCAAGAGAGAGAGAGAGAGAGAGAGAGAGAGAGAGAGAGAGAGAGAGAGCAUUGGGCUGGUGAACUACAGAUCUUGAGCUCAAAUCCACCAGUCUUUUGUUCAUGUGUUGAAAUAAUAUUUUUGAAAAUCAUGUUUUUAUCCAAAUUUGCAUUUUUUGCUGUUUUUGGCAUACACACUUAUUGUAUAUCAUCAGAUCUUUUUUAAAAUAUUAAAUCAAUUUGUACUGAUUUGAGAAACUAUUUCCCGGUGUAGUGAGCCACCUUAAAUGUAAACAUAAAAAGACUCCAGUCUUUGUUUACAUGACACAGAAUGAAGGCUAAAAUUUUAUUCCUGCAUCCAGAAGGUUAAAAUUUUGGCUGUGAACACAGAUUCAGUUAUACUUUUCAUGUUUAACAUUUAAAAAAAUGAAAACAAAAUUUAAAAAAACAAAACAAAAACGUAAACGUCCUGCUUGAGAAUUUUUCACUUGUAUGGAGACGUCACCAUUGCCAGUGAAGGGCUGCAACAUUUAGGUCUAUGCUCGGUGCUUAUGCCCCUUUGAACAGGGGUGGAUUAAUAUUGUGUCACACAUUUAGGUAAUGUCAUAUAACUGUAAACAAUGUCUCUAGAGGAUUUGGGUGUUGCUCAACCGGAAAUUUAAUAAAUUAAUGCAUAAGAUUGGGUCAUACUUCUUUUUGGACUAGAACAUCCAGGACUGAACUUUCUUAGGGUCGAGAUGUCUGUUAACCGUUUAUUCGUAUUUACCUGUCAAAGUCUUUUUGACGCUUAAGGUAUAGGAGAAAGUACUUUGACUUCAGAAUGAAUGUGAUUGUCAGAGGGAGAAUGAUGGACCGAAGCAUGCAUUUUGUAAAAUGAUUCUUGUGUUGUUAAAUCUUCGAGAAUCUUGUUGGAGAUGUCUGAUUCGGUUCACGAAACAACUUAGCAUCAUCUAGCAGUAGCAGAUUUCACCGUAAGCACUUAAUUAACACUAAUUUUAAUAUAUUGUAAACAAAUACUCCUAUCAACACUUUUUUACGUUAUGCAAGCGGCCUUGUCGGGUCACGGGGUCAAUCGGCAAUAAAUCGGAUGUUUACAAACGGUAUAUGAAAUGACGCGCGUCAAAGUAAACUGUGUUUUUAUGCUUUUUAUAUUGAUUUAGACGUUUCAUAUUUGUGAUUUAUUUGUUACUUGAUUUAUAAUGGAUCCUGGUGACCGUACCAUUUCUAUAGAAACAUUUAAUUCGUGGAAAUUAACAGCUCUGAAAGAAUUUUUAAGCAGACGAGGACUAUCCACCGAUGGAACCAAGAAUGAGUUAGCCGCCUUAUGCUUUGCUUCAAGUGUUAUGAAAUUGCCUUUGAAAGUGUCAGACUGUGAGUAUGUUGACCAACUUCAGAAAGAGUACAAAGAUUUGCUUUGUAUAGAAGAUAUUAUUUUACCUGAUCCCUUGAAACUCGGAGGUGGAUGGCAGAACGAGAAGUGCGGGAUGUCUCAGUGGCCCCCCUUAUUUUUAUCGGACAUUGUGAACUUUCUUAUAGAUAAAGGCACCAGCAACACCGUGAAAACAUAUAUGAAUGAUUACAAAAUUGGGAAGGCAUUCGAAUAUUGUGAAUCGAACUUUAUAAAAGAAAUAUUUUACCAUCCAAUUUCCUCAUCGUCUGCAUUAUGCUUCCUGAGAGCCAAGUGUACCCCUAGUCAAAGACUCAAAGAAGAGAGCCAUACCCUUUGGGUAGCCAUAUCUAAGGAAUCUGGUUGUGUGAAGGUGGCCUUUUGCUCCUGUACUGCAGGAAUGGGUCAGACAUGCAAUCAUGUAGCAGCCCUAAUGUUUAGGGUAGAGUCAGCAAAUAAACUAGGCCUGACUUCAUGUACAUCUUUACCAUGCCAGUGGAAGGUACCAUCAGCAACAACAGAAAUUGUGCCUGUCAAAAUAAAGGACUUUUAAAGUGUUCGAAAGUCUCGUCAUGGACUAGAAAAAACAAGACCUUAGUUUCAAAGCAGAAACACCAGUAUAAACCACAGGAGUCUGUUCACCUGGACAGGGAUUCAUUUAUUGAUGAGCUGAGAAAAGCUGUGCCAAAUGCAUGUUUAUUGAAAGGAACGGAUCUACCGGUAUGUGAAGAAGUUCUUCAAGAACAGUCACACGAUGUUGGAGGAGACAAUUCCAUGGAGGCUGUUGAACACUACAUCAUCAGCAACAUGGUUAAAAAUGUCCAUACAGUUGAUGAUUUUAUUGACCAUCAACCAACUCUAACACCAAAUGAAGUGGACCAUAUUCAGAAAGAGACUGUAGGACAGAGUGAAAAUAAAUCAUGGCAUGCUCUAAGAAAAGACAGGAUUACUGCAUCCAUUAUGUAUGCAGUUCAUACACGUAUGAAUUCAUUCAAGAAAAAUCCUGAGGUGGACCUCAGUGCCAUUGUAUCUAUGGUAAUGGGUGGAAAGACUAUUAAUUCUAAUAUUAAAGCUCUGAAGUUAGAGAGUCAGAGCCACUUGCAAAGUCCAUCUAUUGUAAAAUGUACCUAGAAAGUCAUGUCGAUGCAAAAUUUAAAGAUUGUGGAAUUUUUCUAGAUCAAAACGUCUCUUUCUUAGCUGCCAGUCCCGACAUGCUGGUGUCUUGUGAAUGUUGUGGAGAUGGCUUGUUAGAGGUAAAAUCAUCAAUGCAACCAAAAUGUAGUUUAUGCUCCGCAUUUUGUACAUGUAACAUGCCCGAUUAUUUAUUUACGUCUGAUAAUGAAGCUUUGGAGAUUAAAAAAAAUCAUAGAUAUUUUUGUCAAAUACAAGGACAGAUGGCCAUUUGUAAGCGAAUGUGGUGCGAUUUUUUUGUUUAUUCCUGUAAUGGUACUUUCUCAAAAAGAAUCAAUUUCCAGGAAGAUUAUUAUUCGAAUGUUCAAUCAAAUUUGAUUUAUUUCUUCAAAACAUUUAUUGCACCUAAAUGUAUUGAGGAAGAAAUGUGUGCUUCAGCAUGUAUUGUGUGCCCAGACAAAGUGUCUGAAGAAUCUGAAUGUGAACCAAUGGAAGUAGAAGAUGGUGAAGGUGAUGUUUAUUUUUGUUUGAUUUGCAAAAACCAGAUUCAAGAGCAAGAGAAUGUCAAAUCUUUUGGACAUCGUAGUAUUUGUUGCGAUAUGUGUGACAAUUGGUUUCAUUUCAAAUGUAUAGGCAUGUCAAAGUCAGUUUUGAGUUGCACUUCCACUUGGUUAUGUCAAACUUGUUCAAGUAUGUCUUGAGGUGUCUGAUCCAAUAUAUAACAUAAACUAAUUCCGAGUUAUUAAAUAAUCAUUAGAUAUUUUAAAAAUUAAUUUGAAGUAUUGUAGAACUAUUACAGAGUAGAAAUGGAUUGAUUCACAAAUAUUUCAAAAUUGUACCAGGUAUUUACCCAAGUAGUAAUUGAAGAUUACUCUGAGGCCUGUAGAGAUACACUGAUUUUUUUACCUAUUUAAAAAAUUAAUAUGAAAUGUCAUAGUAAAAGAAGGUGCAUUUUAUAUUGUGAGUAAUAUUUGAUUUAAAUUAGAAGUUUUGCCAGUUCCAAUUUUUUGAAAUUGAAUUGUGAGUACACACAAAGGUAGAAACUUCAUAGUUUAAAUGAAGUUUUAAGUGAGGACUUGUAGUUAUAAAUGAGAAUAGAAUAUUGAGUAAUAAUACAGUACACAUCUGUUAAGAAUUCAAAUUCAUUGUGUCUUGGCUAUUAUGGAUGGAAUACCUAUUAACCCUGUAGAAGUGGAAUUGUUGUGUAUAUCACAUCAAUUGAUAUGUCAGAAGAUAUAAUUUAUGCUGUGUUUCUAUUAUGUUAUUUUGCUGUAAAUAUGAAUAUUGAAUUUUCUUUUCUUUCAACAACUUAAUUGUUUGAAAUAAAAAUACAACAUGUCUUG